UCACAGUAUUCUACUAAAAGGUUGAGAUUAAAUCGUUUGGGAACGCAGCAGGUUUGGAAAAAUAAAAUUGGAGAAAACAAGACGAACACGAUAAAUAACAAACUUCAGGUUCUUCACCCACAACAGCUUCAAGCAUUUUCCUUCGAAGAUGGGGAAUGCAAGCUCAUUAGACUUUUGCUCCAAUUUUGAUGCCGACGAAAUCAAAAGAUUGGGAAAAAGAUUUCGGAAGUUGGAUGUGGAUAAAUCUGGUUCACUGAGUCUCGAUGAACUUUCGUUUUUUCCACAGUCGCGAAAGAAUCCUUUAGUUCAAAGAGUAAUCGAUAUAUUUGACACAGAUGGAAAUGGAGAAAUAAAUUUCAAAGAAUUUAUUGACGGCCUUUCUCAGUUCAGUGUUAAAGGAAAUAAUGAGGCGAAAUUGAGGUUUGCAUUUAGUAUCUACGAUAUUGAUAAAGACGGAUUUAUUUCCAAUGGCGAUCUUUUCCAAACGCUGAAAUUAAUGGUUGGCCCGAAUCUGGAAGAUGUACAACUUCAACAAAUUGUGGAUAGAACAAUCAUUUAUGCAGAUACCGACGGGGAUGGUAAAAUAUCAUUCGAAGAAUUCUGUGCUGUGGUUAGUACUAUGGGCGUGCACGAGGCGAUGGUCGUGAAUGUAGUGUAAGAAUGUUCUGGAAUAUGAAA